AGGGUUUGAUGGAGUGAAGUCUUUUUCGGAACUUCUCUCUUCAUUCACGCGACAUGACUUGUUUGCUCGUUCAAGCCAUCCAUAGACCGUAGCCCGUGUUGGGUUGGGGCCAGAAGGGGCUUCUGUAGUUCUGUUCUUGUGCUUGUGGUUACCACCGACCGAGCUCACGUUCUGAUCGUUUCCCAGUUCCCCAAACCGAACAAGAUGAUUUGGUACACUGCAGCUGGCACUACUACACUCGAGUAAGGGGAGGAGAUGGCUGGACAGAGCAAAAGGGGCACGCAGUCGCAGCUGGACAACGGCGAGCAGGUCCACAACGGCAAGAAGGCGAGGGCGCAGGCCAUGCCCGACGGCGUGGUCAAGCGGGAGCAGCAAGAGACAGGCGAGGCAGCGGAUGAGGGACAAGAGCAGGAGGAAGGGGAGGUUAGCCAAGGCGGCGGCGCGGGGGCCAUGGAGGAGGCGCAGAUCAGUUUGAGGUUCGGGCUCACCUUGUUCCACUGCCGAUCUUGCCUCCUCCCCCUCAAGCCUCCAACGUUCAAGUGCGAACACGGGCACGUGAUAUGCGGCGUCUGCCGCAAUAGCCACGCGCAGGUGUGCCGCGGCGCCGUCUACUCGCCGUGCGUGGAGGUGGACGCCUUCGUGCGCGACGCCAAGCAGCCGUGCCCGUACGAGGAGUUCGGGUGCAAGAGCGCCGUGGUGUACUUCGAGGCGGCGGAGCACCAGCGCGCGUGCCCCUGGGCGCCCUGCUCGUGCCCGGCCCCGGGAUGCGGCUUCUUCAGCUCGCCAGCGAGGCUGGCCGGCCACUUCACGGGCGCCCACGCCUGGCCCGUCACGGAGGUAAGCUACGGGAAGCCGUUCAGGGUCGCGCUGCCGCCGCCGCAGGGCUGGCACGUCCUUGUGGGCGCGGAGGACCGGUGCGUGUUCCUGGUGUCCGCGUGCGCGCUCGGCGUGGGCGCGGCCGCCGCGGUGUCGCUCGUGUGCGUGCGGGCCAACGGCGACGCGGCGGACGGGGCGCCCCAGUUCAGGUGCAGGCUCUGGGCGGAGGCCGCCAACAGCAAGGAGAGCGUGGUGGUGAUGAUGUCCAUGGUGAAGAGCAGCCGCUUGUGCGGGGGUGCUGGCGCGUUCUCGGCCGCCGACCAGGGCAUGUUCUUCGUGAUGCCACCGGAGAUCAUGGACGACGCGUUGGGCGAGACGCCCGCCGUCAUGGUUCGCAUCGACAGAGCAGGCGCUGCUGCCAGAAGCUCUAGCUCUAGGAGAGUAGCUGAGUAGGAGGCAUUGCAUGUAAUUAGGCGCUGCUGCCAUGAGUGCCUUGAACACGAGAAUGCAUUGCAAGUGCAAGGGAUCUGGGCCAUGACAUGAUGCACCACUGGUACAGAAAUACCUAUGGUACGUAACUUGUGACUGUUUGUUGGGGGAGA